AGAGACACAGGACACAUUUCAAAGCACAAAGCAGCAGCUGGUGGCCAGCAUGGCUGCGAGGGAUGAUCAGAGUAUUGAGGUGGUGAGCUCUGGCGACGUACAAGGGAUAGGGAUGGUGGAGAUGGACUUUUGGACAGACUCAGACUCAGAGUCAGACCCAGAUGAGUUGGUGACCUUGGACAGUUAUGGUGGGAGGGAUGAUCCAGGACAGCCCUGUAUCCAAAUCAUGGAUGAGUGCCCCACAAAUGAGAGCGAUGGCAUCCCACUCUCAGCCAUGCGGAGUCACACUAUCAGAGGACGCAGUCGGGCAGCAGUCCUCUCCCAGUACCUGGACUCUUCUCAGUGCAGGCGUCCGAUGUCCACCAUCUUCUCCCACAGGUCCACCAUUCGCUCAUGCCGUCCCUCGCACCCUGUAGAAACACACCAGGAACUCAGUGAUGAAGCGAGGCAAAGGAAGGAGCUGGUGAAGAACCUGACGCGUGUGUCCAAAAGGGAGGGUGUGUGUAUGAUUCGAGGUCUGCCCUUGAGUAUGGACGAAAAGAGACAUCUCCGAAGAGAAGUGUAUCUGGAUGUAGAAGGCCCUUCUAGUUACAUGGCCCUUCAUUGCAGUUGGUUUCGAUUUGCUCUAAGCGGGGCAAGACAGCAUGUGCACCUGUCAACCCUGUGGAGGGGCACUCUGAAGCGGGUCGGUGCUCACUUUGGCACGGGGGUCCUGUCCUAUUUCCUCUUUGUGCGGACCCUUCUGCUGUACAACAGCAUCAUGGCUCUCCUUGUAGGCCUGUUUGUGGUGCUGCCACAGGCCACACAGGGCCCGGAGCUGCCCCCAGCCCGGCAGAACUUCAGUGGCCUGGAACUGCUCAGUGGAGAGGGUUACUUUACCAACUCACUGAUGUACUAUGGCUACUACACUAACACCAGCCUAAGGGAGGCCGGUAUCUCCCAGGGUCCGGAGGCCUCUAUCUUCCAGAAGGCAGGGGAGCUGGGCUACAGUAUCCCCCUGGCGUACCUCUUCAUCGUCAUCAUCUCUUUCUUCAUCACCUGUGUCAUGCUUGUGUACAGUUUGUCUAAGUCUAUGGGCAAGAGUUUGCAGUCCGAGGGGGGCUUGACAGUGUGGUUCUUUGGCUCCUGGGAUUUUAAAGUCACCAAGAAAUCCUCAAUCCUCCUGAAGCAAGCCAGCAUCCUCACCCAGCUAAAGGAACGGAUUUCUGAGAGGAUGGCGCGGAAUAAGAAAGGAGGCUGGAUGGUGAGGGUGUGGCAGUUGGUGGUGUGUGGAUUGGUAUGGAUCAUUUGUCUGAGCAGCACUGGUAUCUGUGUCCUGGGCAUCUACUUGUAUGUUAAAUACAUCCACCUGGAAAAGGUUAAGAAUGUCUUAGGGCUGCCUUUUCUGGUAAGCCUUGUGAAUCUGGUGCUGCCAGGCCUGUUCAGAGCAACAAGCAGGGCCGAACGCUACCAGUCACCCAGUACACAGGCAUAUGUGGCCAUCUUAAGACAUUUGCUGCUAAAGUCAAGCAUUCUCUCCGUGCUUUCCUUCCAUUGGAUGACAGAUGAUCACAGAAGACUUGGUCAAGAGUGUUGGGAGACCUACAUUGGUCAAGAGCUUUACCGGCACGUGGUUACAGACCUGGUCAUGACCCUGCUGCACACCCUCUGUGGCGAGUUCCUGUGGAGCCAGUGCGUGAUAGGGGUGCGGAGGAGAGACCAGAGGCCUGUGUUUGACAUCGCACGGAAUGUUCUAGACCUCAUUUAUGGGCAGACUCUGGCCUGGGCAGGAGUGUUGUUUUCUCCAUUGUUGCCGGCUGUGCAGAUACUCAAGCUACUUCUUCUGUUCUACAUAAAGAAGGCCAGUCUGCUGCUGAACCACCGUCCCUCUCACCAGCUCUGGAGAGCCAAUCGGAUGAGCACAGUCUUCACCACUCUCCUCUGUUUCCCAGCAUUCACUGGGGUGGCGGGGUGUGUGGCCUACACCAUGUGGACGGUGAAGCCAUCCCUCACGUGUGGUCCCUUUCGGUCGCGUUCCACUAUGUUUUCAUUGGAGAGCGAGUGGGAAGAGCUGAAGGAUGCCCAUUACAGCCUGGCAUGGCUGUCCGUGGUCUACACCCACCUACUGAAGAAACCCAUCUUCCUCUACAUCAUUGCCACGCUAUUACUGUUGGUGAUCUAUAUAAAUAAACAAAGGAAUGAAGGACAGAAAAGACUGAUUUCCCUCCUGAAGAAGCAGAUCAGAAAUGAAGGGGAAGAUACAAAAUUUCUCAUUAGUAAACUGAACACACUUCACCAGGAACACCAAGAGUGAUAUCAGGUAUCCAAAAAGCCUGCCAGGACUUCCAAGGAAAGAGAAGAGGCAGAAUGCAUGACCUCCAGUUUUUUCUUUGUUAAAGAAUACUUUGGAACUUGGAAUAGUCAAUAUGUUAUGUAAGAAAACGUGCCGUUUAUUAGGUAGAAUAAAGAGUGUGUUUGACAUAUUUUCAACUGCAA